UUCAGCCUGAGCAGCUGAUGUGAUAGGCAGGAGCCUGUGUUUACUUCCCCCUCCAUUCCAAGGGGACCCGUAUCGUCCCCUCACUGCUUCUUCCAUGCACUUGUUAUCCCUUUCUCCUUGAGUUGCCUCUGGAAGAACAAUCACCAGAAGAGGAGUCUGGCUAGAGGGAUGUCCACUGAAAUUGCAGAAGAUCCCAUGUUGAAGGAUGCGACUUCCUCAGAUAGAGAACUCAUUGAGCUCAGCGAUAAUGAUAUGGCAGAGAUCAACUUGCAUGCAGUGGAAUCCAUUAGUGAUCUGCACUAUGCAUCCAGCAGGCACGAAGGUGCAAAGCUCAGAGAAGAAAGCAGACGGUCUCAACCCAAUACCCCCCGGACCCCACACAGUGCUACUUCCUCCAAGCAUUUCACCUUCCCAAAUGAAGAGGACACAGGCUUUCUACCAGUCCCGGAAUUCAGUAUCUUACCUGCUUUCACCUGCUGCCCCUGCUUCGGCCUCACAUUUUGUCCCACAGGCUUCUUUGCCCUUCUUGGAGUCCUUGUAGUGGCCAGCCUUGGUCUGGCCACGCUAGCUGUUUAUCUAAGUGUCCUCCAGCGUGAGUCACUCCGGGUCCUUGCCCAGUGGCUGGAGUCCCAAGAGGAGGCCAUCCGGCAAAUGAGAGCAGUGAGCAUACAGCUAUGGCAGCAGCUCAAUAACAGUGAACUUGAGACUUAAACCUGAUAACAUGGUUUCUCCUCUCAACCACCCCCCUAACAUUCUAGAGGAGAGAAGCUUGUGGGGGGCAGGACUCAUUCCUUUACAUAUUUUUAAUAUGGACAUGUGGUGGUUUGGACUAGGCAACUGCCUUAAGGUAAAGAAAAAUGGUUCUCUAGAAUCAUUGGAAAGUCUUGCUGAGGUCCCUGCACCCUGGUGGAUGUAAUGCCGGGAGAACGGAGGCUGCCCAAGGAUUGAAAGGUGAAGUCAGUCACCAAUCCUUCUGAGACGUAAAGGAAGAAGGGAUAUCUGUGCAGCAGCCUCUCAUCAGUUUUUCAGAUGUUUGUAUUCCUAUAUUAUUUUGAAAGAUUUAAUUAACACCUUUUCUUGUACAGUAACAACUGAAUAGCCCUUAUCUGGAACUCCACAAUCUAAAAUGUCCCAUAAUUGUCUACAUGCGUAGCUGAGUUUGUGACACAUUUGCUUUCUGAUGCUCAAUGCAUACAAACUUUGUUUCACAAACAAAAUUAUAAUAUUGUGCAGAAAAUUACUUUCAAGCUAUGUUGAUACGUAUGAAACAUAAAUCAAUUUAAUUUUAGUCCUGGGUCCCAUCUUCGAAGUAUCUUUUUAUGUAUAUACGAAUAUUCCAAAGUUCACAACAAUUUUGGUCCCACCCCUUUUGGAUAAGGGAUACUCCACCUGUAUUGCUUUAUUUUAUACUCUUCUGGCAGCUUUGCAGCUAUUACUGAAAAUAAAGCCAAAAGGUUUCUUUUG